UUGGAUGUGCGCAUGAUGUUUUUACCUGCACAGAAAUUUUAAAAACAAAGUUCUCUGGUAAUCAGAGAAAAUUAACAACAAAAAAAAUAGUUUUCAACUCAAUUUCUGGUAAAAAAAAUCUUGACAAUAAUUCCGACACGAUGUCAAAGUACGUAGAACUUGCAAAAGUAUCAACGACGUAUGCAAAACGUAUGAAUCACCUGUCAAACAGAAUAUUCGGCGAGGUCUUUCGUCCUACAAACUAUCAGUCUAUGAAAGUCGUAAAGAUGUUUAGCGAAAAACCGAUACAAAAACGUCCAGAAAUUGUUGAAUAUUACCCACGACUUCCGGAGAUCGGUUGGCUCAUGAAAAAUCUUCGUCUCUAUGGUCUCUAUCGUGAUGAGCAUUUAGAUUGGAAAGAGGAAAUUGAAAGAUUGCGAGUUCUGAGAGGUAAAAAACCCCGCGUCAAGAAAUCAUUACGUGGAAAAUAAGUUUUUUAAAAUAUGUAUAAAAGUUUAUAGAAAUUAUAAUAAAUUUAUAAUUCAUUAAUUUA